AUGCAGAACGGCACUGAAGGAAACAACUUCUACAUCCCCAUGUCCAACAGGACUGGACUUGUAAGAAGUCCCUUUGAAUACCCUCAGUACUACUUGGCGGAUCCAUGGCAAUUCUAUCUGCUUGCUGUCUACAUGUUUUUCCUGAUCUGUUUUGGAUUCCCCAUCAACGGUCUGACCUUGUAUGUCACAGCGACAAACAAGAAGCUCCAGCAACCUCUUAACUUCAUCCUAGUCAACUUGGCUGCAGCUGGAAUGAUCAUGGUAAUGUUUGGAUUCACCAUCACCAUCACAUCUGCUGUCAAUGGCUACUUCGUCUUUGGACCUAUGGGCUGUGCCAUCGAGGGUUUCAUGGCUACACUUGGAGGUCAGGUUGCUCUGUGGUCUCUGGUGGUGCUGGCCAUUGAGAGAUACAUUGUCGUCUGCAAGCCCAUGGGCAGCUUCACAUUCACUACCACCCACGCUGGUGCCGGAUGUGCAUUCACUUGGGUCAUGGCAAUGGCCUGUGCUGCCCCCCCAUUGGUCGGCUGGUCUAGAUAUAUCCCAGAGGGCAUGCAGUGCUCAUGUGGACCUGAUUACUACACCUUGGCCGAAGGCUUCAACAAUGAAUCAUAUGUGAUCUACAUGUUCUCCUGCCACUUCUGUGUUCCUGUCGUCACCAUCUUCUUCACGUACGGAAGCCUUGUCCUCACAGUCAAGGCGGCUGCAGCUUCCCAGCAGGACUCAGCAUCCACCCAGAAAGCUGAGAAGGAAGUGACACGUAUGUGCUUCCUGAUGGUUUGUGGUUUUCUGAUUGCCUGGACCCCCUAUGCCAGCUUUGCUGCCUGGAUCUUCUUCAACAAAGGAGCUGCCUUUACAGCCACAGCCAUGGCUAUUCCAGCCUUCUUCUCAAAGAGCUCAGCCAUCUUCAACCCAGUCAUCUAUGUGUUGAUGAACAAACAGUUCCGUAGCUGCAUGUUGGCUGCUGUAGGAAUUAGUUCAGGAACUGAAGAUGAGACCUCUGUUUCAGCAAGCAAGACAGAAGUGUCUUCUGUGGGCCCUGCAUAA